CCCUGGACCGGCCCAAGGGAAAUCCCAGACGACAGCGAGUAGCGACACCUCGCGGAGGAACAGCCAGGCGCACGAUUUAACCGCAACCGAGUGCAAUAUGGCGGAUAUUUCGGAAACGACCAAAGCGAUUCAGGGAAAAUAUUGAUUUCGGGCACCCAGGAGCCCGUGAAUCGGCCUAGCGCGCCGGAAAAUAAACGACGCACCGCCUGGAAGGAAGAAUAUUUUACGAUUGACAACUACUAGGCUUAAGUUUGAGUCAUGACUCGCAGCCGCAAAGACAGCACUGGAAAAAGCGACUCCGAGGCCACCGAUAAGGAGAAUAAGAGGGACCGCGGACGGGAGAGGGAGAGGAAGAAACGCGCCGCGUCGUCUUCGAGCAGUGGUAGUAGCUCCUCGGACAGCAGCUCCGGGUCAUCUAGUUCCAGUAGCGGGAUCAGCUCUCGUUCCAGCUCCUCGUCGAGCAGUUCUUCGAGCAGCUCGUCUAGCAGCUCGAGCAGUUCCAGAGACAGGGGACGUAAGCGCAGUCGUAGCAAGAGUGCCGAUGCAUCCCGCAGACACGAGAACAAGGAGAAGGAGCGCGAGAAGGAGAGAGAACGCGAAAGGGAGCGGGAGCGAGAAAAGGAGAAGAAGAAGAGCGGCAACUCCGUAGCGGAAAAGCCUAAGCCAAAGGGGCGUUCCAGGUCACCAUCUCCCCGCAGGAAACGCAGGGAACGCUCACCCAUUCCCAGACCCACCAAAAUUCACAUCGGCCACCUGACUCGCAACGUCACCAAGGACCACGUCAUGGAGAUUUUCUCUACGUACGGUCAGAUCAAGAUGAUAGACUUCGCGGUGGACAAGCUACACCCUAACCACGGUCGAGGCUUCGCCUACGUGGAGUUCGAAACGGCGGACGAAGCAGAAAAUGCGAUGAAGCACAUGGACGGAGGACAAAUAGAUGGGCAAGAGAUCACCGCCGCGCCGGUGCUCCUUCCGAAGCCCCGACCACCGCCCAUGCGAAGGAUGUCCCCGAUCAUGGGAAGGAGGCCACCACCCAGGUGGGGCGGCGGAGGAAGAAAUUCUCCACCUAGGUACCGUCGACGUUCACCGCCCAUCAACCGCCGCAGAAGCCCCCGACCUCCCCGUCGGCGACCCCGCACGCGUUCGCGAAGCCCACCGAACAACCCUCGCCAUCGCCACCGACGCUAUACCAGGUCCAGCUCCAGCAGUUCCCGAUAACGGCCCGGUUGGCCAAGCUUGACGGAACUUUUCGCGCGGGUGGAGGUUCGCUCGCCGACCCGGGCGCCGAGACUCCCCGGAAGAGACUCACCUCGAGGCGAGUGCAAGCCUUGCCGGCGCGUCCCUCUUCUUCGUUUCGAACUACCCACGUGGGACGCGCGACCCGCGCCCGUUGAUCGGACCAUAAAAUCGGCAGAACCGGAAGAAGGGGAACUCGGGGGCUGUUUUCGUCCCGUCCCUCUGACCUCGCUCGAAAGGGCGACGCGAUAUAGCAAUAUAUCGAAUGCCGAGAUAUAUAGAGUAUCCCUUAUCUUACCUCUUCCGUUCUACCGCAAGAGUUCCGAUUAAAAAUAAUCGAGUCCGCGAGGUUCACGCGUCCCGCGUCCAGGUUACGAUACUCGUCGCGACAUGUUCGAUAGCGGCGCGGAACCAUUUCAAGAAGUCCCGCCGCUUCGUUUUUUUUUUUUACCGUUACCGCGGCAAAACGUUCGAGCACGUCGAACUAACCUCUCGCGCACCCUCGACACCAAUGUAUCCCGAACGAAUGACAAUGAAUGAAGAACACGGACUAUUGACGCAAA